UAAGACUAGAGUGACCUCCCCUCUGAAUGCGCACCGGUCUCGACAGAUGGCAGGACAAUCGAAACACGUGCUUCCGGUGUCAAUUCUUGUAAAUUACUAAUUCUUUGUUCCGUCGUCUUUAAUUAAUUAAUUAAUUAAUUACUCAGGUAAAACAGAAUGACAACAGCAAUUAUGGACAAUUCUAAAUUUUUUGUCUAUGAUGGCCCACGUAAAGAUGUCAACUACCCCAUUGAGGUUUUAUAUUGUGGAGAAUGUACGAUGCCGGUGGAGUAUUGUGAAUACUAUCCAAAUUAUGAAAGAUGUAAAAUUUGGCUUGAAAAAAACAUGCCUGAUCAAUUCAAAAAACUCAUGGCUGGCAAAGGAGAUGAAAAUUUAGGUUCAGAAGAAACUGAAGAGAAGAAGAAGCGACAGACUCGGGGUGGUAGGGGUGUGAUAAAAGCUAAAAAGAAAACUGAACCGCAAGGUCUGAAGCUGUCCACAGCCACAAGAGGCAAGAAGAAACGAGUCACAAUUGUUGCUGGACUUGCUACUUACGACAUUGAUCUGAAAGAAGCCAGUAAAUACUUUGCCACCAAGUUUUCUUGUGGUUCAUCAGUGACUGCCGACGAGAUUGUUAUCCAGGGAGAUGUAAAAGAUGAAUUGUUUGAUAUCAUCCCAGAAAAGUGGCCUCAGAUUGAUGAAGACAAUAUUGAUGAUCUUGGAGAACAGAAGAAGUGACAUAUGUUUCAAGAUCCAUCCAUGCCACUGCCACAAGGUAUCACUUGCUGAACUUUGAGCUGCCCUCUUUCUCUCUCUCUCCACCUGGCAGCAUUUGCCAUUUUGUUGCCAAAAUGUGAUUCUUCUUGCAUUAUCACAGAUUUCAAAUUGAAAAAAAUACUAUUAUCACAUGCAAGAAAAAAUAUAAAUAUAUAUAUUUAUCAAUAUAUAUAUAUAUAAAGAAACGUCCAAACUGAGUUUGAUUUAUUGUUAUUAGUGAGAAGUGGGGGGGGGGCAGGGGACUGAACAGAAUUCUUGGAGCAGCUGACAAAAUGCUUUGCAGUAUUUCUUCUGGCUCUUUGUGUUCCAAGUUCAAAUUCUGCUGAGGUCAAUUUUACCUUUCUUCCUUUUGGGGUUGAUGAAAUAAAGUACCUAUGAAGUACUUCGUUUUAUACAAUUGACCAUUCUUUCCUUCAAAACAUGUUGUGUCUUUAUUAUUGAAGAGAAGAUAAAAUGGAGUGAAGAAUGCUGUGUCUCUGAAAUUGAAUUCUUUUCUUUGAUGUUCCUAUUCUUCACUUUGCUGUUUAUCCUUCUUAAAGUAGUGAACAACAGCAGAAUACUGGGGUCAAUAUAAUUAUGACUUUGUGCAAAUGCUAGAAACUAUUUUACAUUCUGAGAUUCUGUUGGGUUUAUAUAAAGAUAAGUACCAGUAAUAUACUGGUGUUGAUUUCACUCUUGUGAUCUUGUAUUGAUGCAAAAAGGUAUUUUUAAUUCGUUUUCUGUCCCUCCAUAUAACAACUCAGUUAAACAACAUUCUGUUUGUGUUGGAAUAUACUUCAUGAAAUGGGGGACCCCCCCUAAUUAUAAAUGGUGCUUACCAAUACUUGAAAUGCUUCGUAAUCAGCAUGGAUGUUGCGGGUUCAAUUAGUCCUCGU